AUGGCUGCAGUCACCAACAACAAUGCAAGGAAAUAUCGUUACUUAGGGCUGGAGGAUGAAGAAAAAUUAAAACAAAAUAAAAUUGUAACUUUAAGAGACAAAAUAUUAAAACAGUUUCUUCAAAGACAACUUGACAUACCUAGGUCACUUAAAGAUCAGAUUAAUAAAAAAACAUUUGUAAAAGCUGCUACAGAAGAAUCUAUUACAAACUGCACUAGUGGAUUAUUAUCCUACAGUGAAUUCCAAAAUCUUGAGACAAAAUUGAGUAUCACUGAAACUUUAAGUGCAAGUGGACUAUCUAAAUCAGAAAUAAAGAUACUUCUGGAUGAAGAUGGACAUUCCUGUCUUGAAGCACCGCAUGCAAGAGAACUCAGACUCCAUGAAAUAGCUAGUAAAUUAUCCAGAAGGCAAGAGUUACUUGAAAACUGUGAGAGCAAGCCAGAACAGUUUAAUGGAGCUUUUCCACUGAAUAAACAUGACUUUGAAGUGGAGUGUAGUACUCUCCCUGUUACAGAUGGAGCUGAUAAACUGACAUCUUGUCUGGUACGUCUUCAGCCUCAUCAUGAUGAGACUAUCCCAGCAGACCAUCCCAUAAACCAUAUCAAAGAAUUAGCACAGGAGCUAUUCCCUAACAGUAUUACAGAUACAUGCAAAAUUAAUAAUAGUCAGAGGAAAACAAAGGCUUCAGAAGAUAUAGCAGGUUCAUCAGUGAAAAAGAAAAAGACUGAGAAUAUUAAGUUCAAGUAUGUUAGUGAAAAGCCAAAGACAUUUUGGGACAUGCAAGAAUUUCCAAGAAUUGUCAGAGAUAAAGAAAGUCGGAAUGUUAAUGGGUCUGCAGUAGACAAAGGUAGUGGCAUUAAACAGAUCCAUGACAUCAGUGAGAAAAAGUGUUUAGUGAACAGAACUAAACCUUUUAUACUGUCAUUGGAUCCUGCUGAUCUUGUGCCUUUACAGGAAAUUAAUUCAAGCAGAAUGACUCUUGAGGAAAUAAGAAACAUUGAAAAAUUUAAAACUUAUGAUGAAGGAGACCCAUCCCGGACUUUAUACAUAAAAAAUUUACCCCACAAAAUGAGUCAAAGAGAACUUGCCGCUGUUUUUGGUCACUUUGAAUCUCUUCAGGGUCCAAAAAUUGUAUAUAGGAUUUUAGAUGGUCGUAUGAGGGGUCAAGCAUUUGUUACAUUCCAAGAUGUGGCUACAGCUACAAAAGCACUGAAAACAUGUAAUGGUUAUAUUCUGCAUGGUAAACCAACAGUGAUAGCCUAUGGUAAGAAACAAAGUUCGGAGGAUGUAUAGAUUUAUUGCUGAAGGAGUAUGGACAUUUGAUAUUGACUGUUUUUACCUGUGUAUAUACGUCCAUAAGUAUCUUUAUAAUAAUGUUAUUUCAACUGAAACAGUGGAUAAUUACAUGUAGCACAUGUGCUAUACCAUCCAGUAAUAAAGAUACUUCUUGGUAUUAGUGUACAUAUAUAGGUGGUAGCUGCAAUUUUGGUUAUUUAAUUGCUGAUAAAUUUUAUAUGAUUUGAGUCAUUCUUACCUUGAAAUUCAAGAUGUAAUACUAUAGUGUAGAAAACCUCCAAUUAUUCUUUUCUGUUUGUUUUUUCGAGUGUCAGUAGAUAUUUAUAGAAAUUGAUAUUGUAAUAAGCAUAGUCAUAUUGAUAUAUAGAAGAAUAACUUUUUUUUAGUAAAUUUUGUGUGUGAUUUCUUCAGAGUUGGAUUUUAUAACCUCAUUACAAGAUAUUUAACUAUGAAGAAUGAUAAAGGAAAUAAAAUAAAAACUGAAUUCAAAUGUU